AAAAAAAAAAAAAAAAAAAAACAAACAAAUAGUUACUACUGUUAUCACUGUUGUUUAUAUAGCUCGAUUGCUUCUGCAAAAUUAGGGUUUUUUGUUUAUUCGCACAAAUCUUUCUCGUAACCCUAAUAUUAUACUCCACCAUGGUUGCCGCAAAGAAAACCAAGAAGACCCAUGAAAGUAUUAACAACCGACUUGCUCUUGUAAUGAAGAGUGGGAAGUAUACUUUGGGUUAUAAAACUGUUCUCAAAUCUCUUAGAAGCUCCAAAGGAAAAUUGAUCAUUAUUGCCAACAACUGUCCACCAUUGAGGAAAUCUGAAAUUGAGUACUAUGCUAUGUUGGCGAAGGUUGGAGUUCAUCACUACAAUGGGAACAAUGUGGAUCUUGGUACUGCUUGUGGAAAAUACUACAGAGUGUGCUGUCUCAGCAUCGUUGAUCCUGGUGAUUCUGAUAUUAUCAAGACAAUGCCUACUGAUCAAUAGAGUGCCUACAAUAGAGUUGUUGUAUUAAGUCCUCAAUUUUUGUCCUUUUUAAGAACAAAACUGUGGUUGUUUAAUGUUUUGCUUGUUUUUGUUGAUUUAGAAGAAAAUUUAAUGUUGAAUUAAUGAAUUGUUUGGUUAUUGAAGUAUCAAGAUUAAUUGACUAUUCAAUUUUUGCUCAAAA